UAACGACGUUGUUCAACACUUGCUAGCCAGCAGUCGUAGUUGUCGGGAUUGUUUUUUAGUUUAAUAUUUCUCAACUUUUAGACCAUUGAUUGCCCGAUUGGUCAACAUUUCCAAAUUGCAACAAAUUCAGUAGAGCCAUAUUUCACGGUUUUCAACGCCGUCGCGUUUCCUUGUUCGUACCAAAGCUAAUUGAAUUACCCACGCACACAGACUCAAUCUGUCCAUCGCCUGCGUCAUAAGUUAUUUUUGUCGACAAAUCCAAAAAUCCAGAACAUGGACCCAAAACAACAAAAUCCCCAGGAGGCGGUGGCGUCCGUAGCCCCGCUACUGGAGGAUCAGCUGGAACUGGACAUGAAGCACUGCUUCGAGAACCUGAUUGUGAUCGAUGUGGGUGCAAAUUUGACCAACAAGAAGUAUAGCCGUGAUCUGGAUUCCGUGGUUCAGAGAGCCAGAGACGCAGGUGUUCAGAAACUAAUGGUUCACGGCACUUCGGUCAAAUCGAGCAAGGAAGCGCUGCGCCUCUCGCGCAUCUAUCCCGACAUUAUUUACUCGACUGCUGGCAUUCACCCGCACGACUCCAAGUCCAUUGUGGAGGAGCCGGCCACGUGGUUUGAUCUGGAGCACAUUGCCCAGGCGCAGGAGUGCGUGGCGGUCGGGCCCUGCGGCCUGGACUACCAGCGGGACUUUUCCGAACCGGACGCCCAGAAGCAGAUCUUCGCCAAGCAGCUGCACCUGGCCAUCCGGUUAAACAAACCUCUACUGAUUCACGAGCGGUCGGCUCAGCACGACUUACUCGAAAUACUCGACAAGUACUAUCCGUAUUCCCGGCUUUUCAAACUUCUAACCUGUUUUACUUGCAGAUUCGAGAACCUGCCGCCUGUGAUUAUUAGAGGUUUCAUGGGCACCGCCGAAGAGGCGCUCAAAUACCUGGAGCGUAGGUUCUACAUCAGCCUGACUGGCUACCUAUGCAAGGAUAAAUCGGAUACUGGAGUGCGAAGACUGCUGGAAGACGGAACAUUGCCGCUGGAUAGACUGCUCGUGGAAACGGAUGCUCCGUUCAUGUACCCGAACACAAGAGCUUCCAAAUUGCCGCAACACGUUAAAACGGGCAUCACCGAACGCUCUUUGCUGUACUUACACAGAUAUUGUACCUUCCAACGCAACGAGCCCUGCAGUUUGCCCGCCAUUGUGGAGAUGAUAGCCGCCUUUAUGAAGAAAACUCCCGAUGAGGUGGCUCUGGCUACAGCCUUUAAUGCCUUGAAACUUUUCGGUUUGUCCUAGACCAGAAACAGAGCCCCACGGUUCUGAACGAGAAAGUGUGCCAACCAGCAGCUUUACAACCGUAACACUAUAGAUUGAACGAGCCUGAGAUUCACGAUAGACUCAUACCUAAGUGCCUUAACCACUAAUCGAAUUCAGGAUAAAGCGCUCAUCCUGAUCCCCACACAUACACACACCCACAAAACGACCGCAUUGCAUGCAAAACGUACGUAUACGUAUAUACCCAUAUAAUCACCCCAUGCCGUAAGGUGCAAACUAUCGAUCGAAGUUUGCAGGGUUUAGCUUUAAGUUGUUGGAGUUGUCUCCCAAGCAAUUGCUUUAUUUACUCGAGUACCCCUGAAAAACGGUGCCAAGGUGGUGCCAAGUGACCGUUGACUCCGGAUUUGCACUGGAUCGGCGUUUCACGCCUCGAAGCGCGCGCUUCGAACUCGCUUCCGAAGCGUAGAUAAAGAUGUUAAGUGCUGCAGCUUGUCUUUUGUUUGUUUCUUCUGUAUUUAAGCUAGAAUUAUUACUUUUAGAUUGUGUCUCUGUUAGCAUGUAGUCGUAUUUUUGUACAUAUUUAUUCUUGUUGCGACGAUGACGAUGAUGAUGAUGAUUAUGGGAAACGUAAUGUGAUCAUUUUAAGAGCUAAAUAUUUAUAUGAUAUUCAACAAACAAACACGCUAGUUAGGCUAUGAAACAUAUUGAAUAUCUUGCGCCUAUACAUACUAUAUUUUGUUAUAUUUACAUACAUAUACAAAAGCGUUGUACUGAACUGAUCGACCCGCGGAGGUUGCAUAAAAUCCGCUUUGUGCCCAUUGUCCGCACACAGACACACACUAUUUUCCAUUUGAAUAAAGCGAAUUUGAAACCCAAA